CUAGAGCAUCGUGACGAUGAUGGGAGGACACCUCUACACCACAAAGUCGUAGAAGGUGAUGAAGAGACAGCCAUAGCUCUCGUUGAUUUCGGAGCAAACAUCAACGCCAAGGACAACGAUUCGCAGACACCGCUUUACCUGGCCAUUACCUUAGAUUGUCAGGACAUUCUU